AUGGUUUAUCUGUUUGUCAGUAUGGAAAAACUAUAUACAUCAUUCGUCAAAGAAUUGAUACACUUCUCAUGCAAACGCAUAAGAGAUAUGGCUAGUCUCUACAAGUAUGUUGCAAUAACGCAUAUGAGUGUUCAGGUAGGGAGUAACGGCACGAAGCAUUUCGUUAAAGGGACAUAUUCAUCCUUUUCUGACCACGUGGAAAAUGGCAUGAAUAUUCUCCGUAGGCAGGUUAUGGAUAAAUAUGUUAUUAGAACACCAAAAAUUGUUAAUUCUUAUGAUAAAGGAGAUGAUUUUGGUGUAUUAUCGGGAGAAAAAAGAAAACGUGUUGAGUUUGAUUCUACUGAUGUAAUUGCGGACCCUGGAGAACGAAUUGCGAUUGAUGACUAUGAAAUCAAUAUUAGAGAUGAAUAUAGUGUAUCAAAAGAUGCAGGAUUUUGUUUAUGGUGUUAUUUGUUUAAACCGCCAAAACCCAAAUCUCAAGGCGGUCGAGAAGUAUUCACAAAAACAGGAUUCAAUAAUUGGAAGAAUGCAAGAGCUAGUUUGGGAGAACAUGUUGGAAAUGUUGAGAGUGACCACAAUUAUGCUGCGAGAAAAUAUGAAGCAUAUAAAAACCAACGACAAAGUGUGGAGCACAUAUUUACUCACCAUUCUUCUCACGCAGAGGUUGCUUAUCGUACUCGAUUGACAGCAGUAUUGGAUAUUAUUCGAUUCUUACUCAAACAAGGAUUAGCUUUUCGAGGACAUGAUGAGUCGAAUGAUUCAUUGAGUAGAGGCAACUUUCUUGAGUUACUCCAAAGGGAUUGUGGGCAUAAUGAAGAGAUUGCAAAGGUGUUAAAUAUUAAUGCUCCAGGAAACAAUCAGAUGACUGCUCCAAGUAUUCAAAAAGAGAUAGUGAAUGCUUGUGCAGAAGAAGUGAGAGCUACUAUUAUUACAAAUAUUGGAGAUCGUUUUUUCACACUCAUGGUUGACGAAUCCCGCGAUAACUCUGUGAAAGAACAAAUGGCUAUUAUGGUGAGAUAUGUUGACGAUCAUGGAGAAAUCCUUGAGAGGUUUCUUUCAGUUGAGCAUGUAGCAGAUACUUCAUCACAUACUUUAAAGGAAGCUAUUGACAAGUUUUUUGCCAAGUAUGGACUAUCAAUAUCUAGACUGCGAGGACAAGUAUAUGAUGGGGCUUCAAACAUGCGUGGAGAAUUCAACGGUUUAAAGGCUCUCAUACUUAAUGAGAAUCCUUAUGCUAGGUAUGUUCAUUGUUUUGCUCACCAGCUUCAAUUGGUAGUAGUUGCAGUUGCAAAAACAUUACCGAUUGUGGAGAAUUCAUUUAGCUAUUUAUCCAUAAUUGUGAACACUGUUGGAGCUUCCUGUAAAAGAAAACAUGCACUCAGACAAAGCCAACAUGAUCAUAUUGUCACACAAUUAGAAAAUGGUGAAAUCUCUUCGGGAAGAGGGAUGCAUCAAGAGACAAGUCUUGCAAGACCUGGAGACACGAGGUGGGGUUCUCAUUACCAUACGGUACUGCGUAUAUUGGCGAUGUGGCCUUUAGUAAUGGAAGUGCUUGGAAAUGUUCAUGAUGAUGCAAUUGGUUCAAAGGAUAGAGGUGCAGCUUUGGGUUUGCUUGACCGAAUGGAAAAUUUUGAAUUCGUGUUCACCUUGCAUUUGAUGAAAAGAGUAUUGGCAAUUACAAAUGGACUGUCACAAGUUUUGCAAGAGAAAAAUCAAAAUAUUGUGAAUGCUAUGGACAUGAUACAUGCCGUGAAGGUUAAGUUUCAGUCAUUUAAGGAAGAUGGAUGGAAUAAUCUUUUUGAUGAGGUAUGCAAGUUUUGUGUUGAAAAUUUUAUCGACGUGCCUAAUUUGGAAGAUAAUUUGCCGAUCCGUGGUCGAUCAAAACGUGAAGGUCAAAGUAUAACAUAUCUUCACCGUUUUCGUGUGGAAAUUUUUUUUGAGGUUAUUGAUGUGAUUGUGCACGAGAUGAAUAGUCGUUUCUCAGAAGGGAAUAAUGAGUUGCUUUCUUGCAUAAGCUGUCUGGAUCCAAGACAAUCAUUUUCUAGAUUUAAUGCUUUGAAAUUGCGCCGUUUAGCCGAUUUUUAUCCAGAAGAUUUUUCUGCAUUUGAUUUGACGAUGUUAAGCGAUCAGUUGGAUAUAUACAUAUAUGAUGUGAGGCAAAUGGCUGAUUUUGUUGAACUUGUGGGAAUCGGACAACUUGCAAAGAAGCUGGUGGAAACAGAGAAGUACUUGAUUUAUCCUCUUAUUUAUCGAUUGAUAGAAUUAGCAUUGGUUUUACCAGUUGCAACUGCUUCAGUUGAAAGGGCAUUUUCAGCAAUGAAUAUUAUCAAGACUGAUUUGCGUAAUAAAAUGGGGGAUGAAUUUUUGAGCGAUAGUUUAUCAUGUUAUAUUGAAAAGGCAAUUUUUUUUGAAGAUUGA